AUGCUCCGACUUUUCCUCUCGCGCUCCAACACUCACAACAUCAACAACACGCGUCGUUCCCUCGUUCCCUCCAUCCUCUCGACGUCUUGUUCUUCUUAUCAUUCGCAACAAACUGUCGCGCAUUUACGCAAAAACGACGAAGCGCGAGAGAUAUUUCUCGUCGGGACGUCGCACGUGUCGAAAGCGUCGGCGAGAGAAACCGAGGAGUUGAUACGAUUGGUGAAACCGGACGUGAUUGCAGUCGAGCUGUGCGAAGAAAGGUUCGAGCAACUGAAAGAGCAAAUGAAAGAAGACAAAGAAGAGAAGACAAAGAAGACAAAGAAGAAGAGAAGCUUCUUGGGAGAUUUUCUCGCCAUCGUGAAAAAUGUCUCCUCGAACCGCGACUUGGGCGCUCUGGACCGGUGUUUAGCGAUUGGGUUGAAAGCGUUUUACGCGUCUUUAAAAUCGAGCGGGAUGGAACCGGGCGAAGAAUUUCGGGUGGCGAUAAGGGAAGCUGAGCGAUUGAACGCGCGAUUAGUCCUCGCGGAUCGAGACGUGAACAAGACGCUCAAGGCGUUGAGGGAGAGCGUAUCGGUCGCGGACGUUUUCGGUUGGUUUGUAUACGGGGAGAAAAAAGGCGGGCCGACAUUACCUCAAGAGUUUGAGAAAAUGGCAGCAGCUGGAUUUAACUCAACAGAGAUGCAAGAUAACAUGGAAGCGAUGAAGAAUAGGAACGCGGUUGGGCAAAUGAAGAAAUACAUGCAAUUUCAAUUUCCCAACAUAAUGUCAGCUAUGGUGCAUCAAAGAGACGACGAAAUGGCAGAUGCGAUUAAGAGAGAAAAGGAUGCGGAAAAAAUCGUCAUGGUAGUUGGAUUAGCGCACGUGGAUGGUAUUGUGGAGAGAUUAGCGGGUGAAUACACGGAAGUUAUGAGUGUGAACGAUAGUGAGUGA